AUGGGGGUUAUAUAGAAAACCUAUUUACAGUUUCGGUAUGAAUGCACUUCCGGUACUGAAGCAUGUGGAGUUGACAUCCCGCUCUUACACAGGUGUCGAUCAGGGAUUGUCACACUUUUAGUUCGUUUAUUUCACAGAGAUUUACAAACCCCAAUCACAAUGCCAUCUGACGCCAAGAAAAAGCGUGAUGCUAAGAAGAAGGAAGCUCAACGUAGCCGUGGAAAGAAACCCCAGGAGAAUGGGGAAGAAAAUGGUGUAAAAAAUGGAGCUACUGCUAAUGGUGUGAGUGAAGUGACUGAUGGUCUGGAUGGCCUUGACCUUGCCUCCAAGUACCGCUCCUGCACAGGUGUGUUGGCCUCGCAUCCUGACAGUCGAGAUGUCCACAUCCACAACCUGGCCAUCACUUUCCAUGGUGUGGAGCUGCUGCAGGACACCAAGUUCGAGCUCAACGUGGGACGGCGAUAUGGCCUCAUUGGCCUCAAUGGAUGUGGCAAGUCGACGCUGCUCGCAGCUUUAGAUCUACGAGAGAUACCUGUCCCUCAGCAUGUGGACAUCUUCCUGUUGCGUCGCGAGAUGGCCCCAAGCGAAAAAACAGCUCUUGAGAGUGUCAUUGAAGUUGACGAGGAGAGAUUGAGACUUGAGAAGGAAGCUGAAACACUUGGAGCAAGAGACGACCCAGAGUCCCAUGAGCGUCUACUGGACGUGUAUGAGCGCCUGGACGAGAUGGACGCUGACAACGCUGUGACAAAGGCUGGCUACAUCCUCAGUGGGCUUGGUUUCACCAAGGACAUGCAGCACACAAAGGUGAAGGAUUUCUCCGGAGGUUGGCGUAUGCGCAUAGCUCUCGCUCGUGCCCUGUACAUCAAACCAGCCCUGCUGCUGUUGGACGAGCCCACCAACCACCUGGAUCUUAAUGCAUGUGUGUGGCUGGAGCAUGAACUAGCCAGCUACAAACGUAUCCUGAUAAUCAUCUCCCACUCUCAGGACUUCCUCAACGGCGUCUGUACCAACAUCGUGCACAUGCAGCUCAACAAACUCAAGUACUAUGGUGGCAACUAUGACACCUACAUGCAGACCCGGAUGGAGCUGGAAGAAAACCAGAUGAAGAGAUACAAAUGGGAACAGGAUCAGAUCUCCCACAUGAAGAACUACAUCGCUCGGUUUGGUCAUGGCAGUGCAAAGUUGGCCCGCCAGGCGCAGAGCAAAGAAAAGACGCUGAAAAAGAUGGUGGAUGGAGGCCUCACAGAGAGAGUCACCUCUGACAAGACGCUGUCAUUCUACUUCCCAAGCUGUGGGAAACUGCCACCCCCUGUCAUCAUGGUGCAGCAUGUCAGCUUCAGAUAUAAUGACAAGAAGCCCCACAUCUACAAAGAUCUGGACUUUGGCGUUGACUUGGAUACCAGAGUGGCUUUGGUGGGACCCAAUGGAGCAGGAAAGACCACUCUUCUCAAGCUGAUCACAGGAGAUCUUGUGCCAACAGAGGGUUUGAUACGUCGACAUUCGCACUUGAAGAUCGGCAGAUACCACCAGCAUCUCCAUGACCAACUGGACGUGGAAAUGUCCGCCCUGGACUACAUGAUGAAGUGCUACCCUGACAUCAAGGAUAGGGAGGAGAUGAGGAAGAUCAUCGGACGCUUCGGUCUCACCGGACUACAACAGGUGUGUCCCAUCAAGAACCUUUCUGAUGGUCAGAGAUGCCGUGUGACCUUCGCCUGGUUGGCUUGGUCGUGUCCUCAUCUGCUGCUGCUUGAUGAACCUACCAACCACUUGGAUCUGGAGACCAUUGACGCACUUGCCGACGCCAUUAAUGAGUUUGAUGGUGGAAUGAUCCUCGUCAGUCACGACUUCAGGCUUAUAUCACAGGUUACAGAGGAAAUUUGGAUCUGUGAGCACCAGAAGGUCACCAAGUGGGACUCUGAUAUCUUCUCAUACAAGGAGCACCUUGCCAAGAAGGUUCACAAGGAUAUGGCAAAAGCAGCCAAAAACUUGAACGUACGAAAAUGAUGACGGCUUCCAUUUAGGAAAUUUGUGUGAAUGAUCUUUGGUAAUUCUGGUUUCAAGUCUCCAGACUUCAUCUGCAUAUUCCAACUUUUGACAAAAAACAUUGAGGUGAAACUUAUGCUCGCAUUUCAAGCCAUGCAGGUCUGUCGUGACCCUUGAUCUUGCAGUGGAAUUUUUGUCCAAGGCAAUAUUUACCUCAUUCCUGGACAGUUAUGUUACACUGAGUCUGAACCUAAAGAACACUAUUUGAAGACAGGAGGAAGGAUGGGAACUCUACCUUAUCAACAGUUACAGCUACCACAUUGUGGAACUAAUUAAAAUGGACAGGGGAAAAAAAUGAAAAACUAGUCACACCUGUUUGAAGGAUGAUCCAACAGUGACUUGAAAAAAAAACAAGAAUAGAUUCAGUGCAUGGUUGGGGCUUCUAGUAUGAUUAUAUGGUGAUGACUUAUAAGCACAUCAGUGAUGUACUGUGUCACAAAUAUACAGUGACUUUCUACAGUGUACUUAUUGAUACCGAAACUGUCUUCACUGCAACUUUCCGGCUUUACAAGUCGAGUUGGGAAGGGUUUUGUACAUAGCCGAAAGGGAGGUGCCUUCUUUGGGCGUUCCAGAUCACACAUGAUGCUUCUAUUUAUUAACUUAUGAACUACGCCAUCACUGCAUUUGCUGCAUUGCUGUCAACACCUCCACCUACGCAUGGGAUGUGAAGAUACAGACAUCUAGCCAGUGUGGUGAUACUUGGUGCUGACAACAGCAUGGAUGUGUUCUGGAUGUCAGUGCUUCAACUGCCAGCCUGCACGUUCACAUUGAUGACAGUGGAACGGAAACCCAAGCCUGCUUAAUGCUAUGACGGUCAUUACUCCUAUAAUAUAACUUCAAGCAUUUUAUCUCAUUGUGUGUCCUUUCCAAAUGCAUGUACAACACAUACUAAAUUGAAAGUUUUUAUCAUGCAAAAGACAUAAUUAGCUGUGCUUAAAGUGGCAUUAGUAAUUUGUGACUACAUUUUCGGGGUAUGAGGGUAGUGCCUCCUAAAUAAGAACUUGGCGUUGCCUCACGUUAGAACAAUACCUUUAUAUCCUGUCGUCUUUCUGUCUGUUUCUUACAGUCUUAGCAUUUGUAAAGUUUUAGUCCCAGAAACAAAUUUCAAACCUAACUUGAUGUAACAGUUUUGUUUCUUGUAAGUAUUUGUUUUUGAGCAUGGUUCACUGAGAUGGCGACUAGACUUUGCUGUUAUGAUGUUGCAAAGGGCUGUGAUUCUUCGUUUUCCUUAGGCAAGUGUUGACAUAUUAUUCUAUGACCAUGAAUGUAGCGUUGUCACAGCUGGCAUAGUUACACGGAUUAGCAGAUGCUGUCCAAGUGGGGUUUUAUUAAAGUUGGUGCCGAUCCUGCACAGCAUGUAUUCUAUCUAGAUGACCUGUGACCUUGCAUCCCUUGUCACUACCCUGGACUGCCUCAAAAGAACAAAACCUCUAGUGUAAUAUAUUGUUUUAGGUCUCGCAAGGUCUCGUGUCUCAGUCCAUCUCAGUGUGCAAUUUGGAUUGUACAUAGUAUACACAGUUGCGAAAUAAUCUAUUGCCAAUAGUUUUUAGUUAUGUUGUCGUGAACCAAGACGUGAACUUGUGAGACCUAGUCACCUUAUCAUUGCUUAUGGUUUUUAUUUCAUCAUUGCCUAUCUCCACACACAUAUCAUUUUGGUGCCAGCAAGGGUUGAAUGUGAAAAUGUGUUUCUAAAAAAUUCUUAUUUUUAUCGCAUAAAUGUAACAUCAUUAUCUUAAAGAUAUCGACGUAGGUUUUCAGUUAAGGUAUCAUAUAUUAAAUUUUUAAGGCAGUUUUUGAUUGAAAAUGUCACAUUUUACUUGGAAUUCCCCCCAAAAUCCAAAUUUGAAAUUAUUCCCAGUGUAUAAUACUUUUAAAGGUUGUUUUGCUGAUUUGGUCAAUAAAAUGGUAAAUCUAAUGUUUAUAUAAGGAUAUGAUGUUUUAAUCAUGUUUUCAAACCUUACAAGUGUCAUCCUUUUUUUUCACUUAAUCGAAGUUUGGGCUGGGGUUUAUUACGACCUUUACGAAUUGUAAGAUUUCAGAAAACGUAUUUGUAAAUAUGGCUAUUUGAAUGUUGGAGUUUGUCAAUACUCUUUAGGGCAGUUCAGUGCUUGUGUUCCCAAACACAAAUGUGAUAUUUUAGGCCUAUAUACAAUUUACAUGUUUCUUUGUUUUAUUCCAAUUCCUGUAAAUCUGAUAUUACUAAAUAUAUACUAAUUCUUGUUUAAAGUGAAAUCUAUCAAAUGUAAGGUGAAAUUAAAUUAAAUUUGGUUAUAAAGUUA